AAAACCCCAACCCCAGAUCCAGCCUUUUCUGUAUCCAUCCCUCUCUCUCUCUCUCUCUCUCUCUGGGUGUGGCUCAUUUCUCUAAUACCCUUUAUUUUUCUAGCUGCACUGCUUCUUCAAGGUUAUCAACUUGAUAAAGAGCAUUAGAGGUAUAUCAGUGGUUCAGCUAACUUGUCUCAAUUGAAGUUGGAGGAGGAAGAUUAGCUUUUCAGUGAAAUUGGCACUUGAAAUUGCGCCGAUGAUGUGUUAAUUUCACUUUGCUUUGUGGAUGAUAUACGGGGGACUUUAGAAGCACACAGAUUUUUUAGCAAAAUGGAAGAAAUACAAUCUCAAUCAGAUCAUUAUAGGUCCUCAUCAUCUUCCGCAAGUAGCCCGGCAAGUAGAGUGCCUUCAAGCAAUUUUUUCUACUUGAGAAAACCGGGGGCACUUAGGCAACCUAUUUCAUUUGAGGACUCACCCGACUGGGAUGAUACAGAUAUUGAAGUUAAGGUGGAGGAAGGAGGAGCAGACUCCAUUCGCACUGCUACUACGCCAGUCUCCCCCUCUCUUUCAAAGCUCAAUAGUGGCUCACUGCCAUCACCUCCUUUACCUGAGGGUGCAAUUGUUGCAAGAAAGAUUGCAGGGGCCUCACUUGUGUGGAAGGAUUUGACAGUUACUAUAAAGGGUAAAAGAAAGUACUCUGACAAGGUUGUUAAGAGUUCCAAUGGCUAUGCACUGCCAGGAACAAUGACGGUUAUUAUGGGCCCCGCCAAGUCGGGGAAAUCAACUCUCUUAAGAGCUCUUGCAGGAAGAUUGCCAGAUUCAGCUAGAAUUUAUGGCGAGGUGUUUGUUAAUGGUGUAAAAUCACGCAUGCCAUAUGGAUCAUAUGGAUUUGUUGAAAGAGAAACCACGCUUAUUGGAUCCUUGACUGUGCGUGAGUACCUUUACUACUCAGCAUUGCUUCAGCUUCCAGGCUUCCUUUCUAAGAAGAGGAGUGCAGUGGAGGAUGCCAUCCUUGCUAUGUCAUUGGGGGAUUAUGCAAAUAAGCUUAUAGGUGGCCACUGCUAUAUGAAGGGUCUUCCCAGUGGUGAGAGACGACGGGUCACAAUUGCUAGGGAGCUAGUUAUGAGACCCCAUAUCUUGUUUAUUGAUGAGCCUCUUUAUCAUCUUGACAGUGUAUCUGCACUCCUGAUGAUGGUUACGCUGAAGAAGCUUGCAAAUACGGGGUGCACUCUUAUCUUCACCAUUUACCAGAGCAGCACAGAAGUGUUUGGCCUUUUUGAUAGAAUUUGUCUUCUUUCAAAUGGAAACACAUUAUUCUUCGGCGAAACGCUUGCUUGUUUGCAGCAUUUCUCGAAUGCUGGAUUCCCUUGCCCUAUCAUGCAAAGCCCUUCCGAUCACUUUCUGAGAGCAAUAAACACAGAUUUCGAUAGGAUCAUUGCAAUGUGCAAAAACUGGCAGGAUGACCAUGGGGAACUUUCGUCAGUCAAUAUGGACACUGCUGUAGCAAUACGCACUCUUGAAGCAACUUAUAAAUCAUCUGCAGAUGCUGCUGCUGUUGAGAAUAUGAUUUUGAAACUUACCGACAAGGAAGGCUCAACUCUCAAAAGCAAAGGCAAGGCAAACUUUGUCGCCAAAAUUGCAGUAUUAACUUGGAGAUCAUUGCUGAUCAUGUCAAGGGAGUGGAAAUACUAUUGGCUUCGGUUAAUUCUUUACAUGUUCCUGGCUUUAUGUAUCGGUACUGUGUUCUCUGGUUUGGGGCAUUCUCUAUCAUCAGUUGGGACAAGAGUUGCAGCUGUAUUUGUGUUUGUAUCAUUUACUUCGCUUUUUAGCAUAGCCGGUGUCCCUGCGCAGCUCAAAGAAAUCAAGAUAUACGCCUGUGAAGAAGCAAACCAACAUUCUGGGACAUUCGUCUUCUUAAUCGGGCAACUUCUUUCCAGCAUUCCGUUCUUGUUUCUCCUCUCUGUCUCAUCAAGUUUGGUCUUCUAUUUCCUCAUUGGGCUACGUGACGAUUUCAGCCUGUUGAUGUACUUCACUCUGAAUUUCUUUAUGUGCCUUCUCGUUAACGAAGGGCUAGUGCUGCUUAUUGCUACCAUUUGCCAAAAUAUCUUCUGGAGUAUCAUAAUGUUGGUGACUGUACAUAUGGUGAUGAUGCUUUCAGCUGGGUAUUUUAGGAUUCGAAGUGCGUUGCCGAGGCCAGUGUGGAUGUAUCCUGUGUCUUACAUUGCUUUCCAUACUUAUUCUAUCCAGGGGCUCUUGGAGAACGAGUACAUUGGAACUUCCUUUGCUGUUGGGCAGGUAAGGUCUCUCUCAGGCUACCAGGCCCUUCAAAGUGCAUAUGACAUAUCAGCCGACGUUAACUCCAAGUGGGGAAAUUUACUCAUACUGUUUCUCAUGGCUGUUGGCUAUCGCAUUCUUGUUUUCAUUUUGCUACAGUUUCGUGUUAGAAAGACCUUAUCUCUUCGUUGUUUGUUCCGAUGUAACCAAAAUACAAACAAUCCGAGAUAAACGACAGAGUUGUAAGAAACUUAUGAUCAUUUUCUGGUUUUGCUCAAUGCACUUAGGUUGUUAUCUAAGUUAAGAAAUAUUGGAUUUUUUUCAAGAGA